AUGUUCUGGCAAUGUCAUAUAGUAACAUCAUCCAUUGACAAAUUAUUUGAUAAACCAACCGAUGAAUUAAAAGUAGAAGAUUUUCUUGAUGAAAAUGAUUUAAUUCAAGAAUGCCUCAAUCAAAAUAAACGUUUACUUGAUUAUCUUAUUCAAGAAAAUGUUAUGAGUGAACUUAUUCAUCAUGUAAUAACCUUACCAAAUGAUAAUAAUUUUCGUUAUGCAAAUACAGUUAGUGAAUUGUUAUCUGGAGAUUUUCAAUGUAUUCAAGAAACAAUAUUAGAAAAACGUAACCUUGAUUUAUUAUAUUCAUUUUUAAUAAUAAACAAUGAAACACUUAAUCCAAUACUUGCUUCAUUUUUUUCUCGCAUAAUUAGUACAUUAAUCAAUCGUAAACCGAAUGAAAUAAUAGAUUAUUUGAAAUCUCGAGAAACAUUUAAAGAUGAUUUUUUUCGUCAUCUCGAUUCAACAUCAAUAACUGAUAUAUUGUUUCGUUUAAUUUCUGAUUGUGGUGAACAACGAUCAGAUACAAUUAAAUGGUAUGAAGAUAUUAAUUUGAUCGAUGGUCUUAUGCAACAAAUUUUAAUUACAGAAUCAUGUUGUGUUCAAUCAAAUAUAGCUACUUUGUUUAGUGAAUUUUUACGUUUAGCUUUUGAUCAACAAACAGGAAAUGAUUGUGAUAUUAUGGGUCCAACAUUAUCAUCAACUAUAGAACGACUUCUUUAUGGCAUGAAUGAAUUUAGUGAUGGAUCAUCCUCAUUAUCUAAUCAUGUCUCAUCGAGUGGUAAUGACGAGAAAAAGUCUAUGACUGAUGUAUUGGAAGGAAAAUUAACAGCACUUGUUCUUGCACGACGUAUUCUUUCGAAAUCGAAUCUUGAACAUUUAUUUGAUGCAUUAAUCAAACAACCGAUACUUAUAUCAAAUGGAUAUGAAUUUCUUCAUACUAUUUUCGAUAUUCUUGGUCGACAUCUAUCUGCGCCUGCAUGCAUUUCAUUACUAUCGAAAGAUGAUAUUUCUUUGUCGAAUAAAAAUGAAAACGAACAAAUGCAGAUCAAUGAUGACGGAAAUACAGCAAUUGUGAAUAAAUCAAAUGAGGAUAUAUCUGCUUUAGCCAAUCUUAUUAAAGAUCUUCUUAUUCAUAUUUAUAUAACAAUACUUGAAGUAAUACCCUCUCGAUUGCCAUCAUUAAUUGCUUUAUUAUCUAUACCUUGUGCACCAUUAAUUUCACCAUCGAAUGAUAAAACGCAAAAUCAAUUUAUAAGUGAACCUCUCGGAUCUUUACGUCUUAAUUUAAUAAAAUUUUUUUCAAAGCUAAUCUACACAAUUUCAAAUGAUAAUACCGGUGAUAAUAUCUAUGAAAUAUUAAAUUCCAACCGUUUAUUCCAUAUAAUAAUCGAUCUUUUUCUUAAACACGUUUAUAACAAUUUUUUACAUGCACAAGUAUAUGUCAUUAUUCGUCUUCUCAUUAAUAUAAAUUCAAUUGCUAUUAAACAACCAAACGAUAUUUGGACACGCACAUCAAUUGACAAGCAAUAUCAAUCAGAAAUUUCUAAAUCUUCACCAUACUAUUAUACAAAUCGUUGUUCUUAUAAAUUAUUUCAAUCACUUUUUAAAUCGUCUGAAAUUAAUUUAUUUGAGCGUUUACUCGAUCAAUAUGAAUUAAAUGUAGCUUCAACAAAAACACUAACAACAAGUUCAUCAUCGGAUGACGCUGUCACAUCGUCUGUACUUCAUACUUCAUUUGUAUCACCGAAUUCCGGACAUAUUGCUCAAUUGCUUCGUUGUUUACGAGAUCAUGCAUCAAUAUUUAAUAAUUACGCAUCAUUUUUCAAGUCUGAUGACCAACAACAAAUCGAUGAUGACACAAGUGUUAUUGAAAUACGUUGGCAAGCUGCACUUGAUUAUUUAACUGAUGAAGAAAAUAAAUGGGCAGCGAUGCAUCAUACUGAACGUGCACCAAGUAAUUUUCGUAUUAAUUCUUCAGCAAGCUAUCUAGCACAUUUAACCGAAACAAACGAUUCAGAUGAUACGGAUGAAACAGAUCAACAACAGCAUCACACAUUUCAUAUGAGAAAAUUUAACAAAAAUGCAACAUCGUAUAAUGAUGAUGAAGAUGAUGAUGAUGAAAUAGAACGCUUUGAUAUUGAUGAUGAAUUAAUGAAGAAUGAUGAAAUAUCAAGUGAACGAAAACUAUCCGAAAUGAAAAAAACGUCAUUUCAACUACAAUUUACAUCGACAUUUAAUGAGCAAUCUAUAUGGUAUCAACAAGAAGAUAUGGAUGACAUGAAGAAAUCGAAUUGUGACGAUGAAGAUAACGAUAAUGAUAAAAUCAAAUCAACUCCAACAUUACCUGAUCUAUUUGAAAAUCAUCGAAUGCAACAAGAACGAGCAUCAUCAAAUGAAUCAAAUUUCGAACAGCUGUGUUCUUUAAGAGCUCAUGAUACAAAUAAUGGUUCUGGUCUUUUUCCAUUUCAAUCCUCAUCGACGAUUCGAGAUGAGGCAGUGUCAAAGGAUGAUCAGUUCUGGAAAGAUCAUCAAAUUCAUUUACUUAAUCGUAAUAAUAAUCCGCAUUUGAAUCAAUCAAACACACAAUGUAUAAGUUCAUCGUCAGAUGAUGAUAUUGAUGGUGAUGAUGACGAUGGGCUUAAAAUCGAUUCGAAUAUUCCGGACGAUGAAAAAUAUUUUGUUCAUACAGACAUAGAAAUAAAGGAAAUUAUUCAACCCAAUAAUAUGAUGGACAUAUUCAGACGCCAAUCACCGAAUUCAAAUAAAACAAAUAAUAUGAUUAAAAAUUCUAAUGGUGACAAUGAUUUGCAAACGGAUCUGUUUACAAAAUGUCAACAAUCGAAUGAAUCACACGAUAUUAUCGUUACUCAUAUAUUGUCUGCAGGACAACCAGUCGAACAGCAAAAUUGUCAAACAUUAACAUUUAUUGAACACGACGAACAAGAAAAUGACGAUUUGAACAGUAAUAGUGAUCUUCUAUUACAAAAUAAUUUUUCAUUCCUCAUUGCGAAAGGUAUGCUAAAGCCAUCACCUUUUUGA